UUCUCACACACACCUUGAACACCAUACACGGCGCUCUCACACCUUAACUCUUAAACUUCACCUGACAACAAUCUGUGUGGACGAGAUAAAUAAGCACGGCGUUUAAUGAAGCAGGAUCUCCUGGGAAAAGCAACUUGCACCUGAAGAGCUGCUGGACUUGGACUUUAAGUCAGACAUUUCUGAAGUGUUCAUAACAAUGCCGGUGGUCAAAGUGGAGAAAGACUCUCCAGCAGACACCACCUUGCCUGCUUCCAACCCUCCACCGCAGACGGAGGAGCAGCCCAGAGGUCGGAGGAGGAAGAGACCUCUCCAGAGAGGGAAACCCCCGUACAGCUACAUCGCACUCAUUUCCAUGGCCAUAGCCAACUCUCCAGACCGCAAGCUGACUCUGGGGGGCAUCUACAAGUUCAUCACAGAGCGCUUCCCCUUCUACAGAGACAAUUCAAAGAAAUGGCAGAACUCCAUCCGCCAUAACUUGACUCUCAAUGAUUGCUUUAUCAAGAUCCCCCGAGAGCCGGGGCGGCCAGGGAAGGGCAACUACUGGGCUUUAGACCCAAACGCAGAGGACAUGUUCGAGAGUGGCAGCUUCCUGAGGCGCAGGAAGAGGUUUAAGCGCUGUGACUUGAGCACUUACGCUGCAUAUGUCCAUGAGACACCAGUUUUCUCUCCUGUCCAGAUUGCAAGAUCGGCUGCAUAUUCCAACUCAGUCUACAACAACAUGACGGUCAGUCCGGCCUACGGGCAGCAGCUGCCCUCUGCCUAUUACCCCUCCUCAUCUCCUCCUGGGUUCGGUCCUGGUCAGACCCGCAUGUUCAGCAUCAAUAACCUUAUAGGACACCCGACUCCAGCGAGCAUGCUGGGAGGUCAAGGGUCAGAGGUGAUGCAGCAGCCCGGCCGGACCUUCAGUCCUGAGGGGCUCACAAAUGGAUCCAGUCCCUGCAGCCUGGGAGCCCCAGCUUUCCAGAGCCAACCGUGCGGAGGGGCCGUAUCAUCACGCUCCUCUACACACCCUGGGUUCACCUACUCUGGGCCAAACAGCCACCCACACCACCUUACACACCAGAGCUCGUACGGACAGGGCCACAGCCAGGGGUACACAGCGACAGGACGCCUCCAUCCCUCAGCCCACGGGUCUAUGGAGCCCAUGGACCACUACGGCAGGGUCUCGCCAGUGCAGCUGGGCUCUUUCUCCCAGUAUAACAGUGCUGCAGGUCCUAUCACCAACACUGGGGGCUACCUGAGACACCCCACAUACCCAGGAAAUAUGGACAGGUUUGUGUCUGCUAUCUGAGACUCUAGAUCCGAGCAUCUCACCAGCAUGCUAACAGAACAUCAGAGACUUGAGCCGGACAUUUCUGUGCACAAACUACUGUUUUUCUUUGUUCAUGACAUUUGUUAAGGACAAAUCUGAACAGACUGAUUAAAAACACCAACCCUGACACAACUGUGAUUUACCACAUUAACCCCACAACCCAUUUUCCAUGUUGAUGGUAAUUUACUCUGAGUUACGGCCUAUAAAUUUGGAUUUAAGUGUCAAGGCCUCUUCACAGCAUGUGAUUGUAAAGUUUAUCUAAUGUCGUGUGGUUACAACUUCUUUUUUUGUUGUCAUGAAUUGAAUGUGCAGGUUUAAUACUUACGUUACUGGUGAUAUUAGUAUAAAUUAUUGUGCUUCAUGGUCAUAAGCUUUGCAAUGCGUGGCUUGUAUGAAGAACGUCAGCUUUAGUACAUUUGCAUGUAUUUUGUUGCCAAAUGAAAAUGCAUAUGAUGUUGUCUUUUUGGAAAUAAACAGAA